AUGAAUGAAAUUUACGGCACCUGUGACCCUGCCCUAGACUCUGUUCGCAAUCUGCUCCAACAGAGAAUCGACUCGGGGGAUGAACUAGGUGUAUCCCUCUGUGUGAAUUUUGAUGGAAAAAAUGUACUCGACCUAUGGGGUGGCUACGCAGACGUGGCCCGGACUCGGCCUUGGCAUAAAGAUACGAUCACAGUGGUUUGGUCGUGCUCUAAGGUUGUCACCAACUUAGCAGCUCUUAUUCUUAUCGAUCGUGGUCUUCUUGAUAUGAAUGAGAAGGUGGCUACGUAUUGGCCGGAGUUUGGAGCCAACGGAAAAGAGAAUGUUAAAGUGUCCCACAUUCUCAGUCACUCUUCUGGGGUCCCCGCAUGGGAGCUUCCUAUAACUCUCGAAGAAAUCUAUAUCACAAAGAAGGCUACCGAGAAGCUUGCUGCACAGGCCCCGUGGUGGAUUCCGGGUGAGAGUAGCGGAUAUCAUCUCACAAAUCAAGGCCACCUUGUUGGCGAAAUCAUUCGACGAAUAACGGGCAAGCCGCUUGAACAGUUCGUGGCCGAGGAAAUCGCAGGUCCCUUGGGUGCUGAUUUUCAGUACGGAGUACCAGAAGAAUAUUGGUCACGCACAGCGGAUAUCAUCCCACCUCCAGCGCUCCCGUUCGGCGAGAUAGAUCCGCAAAGUAUUACGGCAAAGGCGAUCGCGGGCUCGCCUUUUCCUGCUGAGGCUUCUAUGACUCCGGGGUUUAGAAAAACCGUGUCCGGUGCAAAUAAUGGAUUUUCCAAUGCGCGCGCAUUAGCCCGAAUUGGUUCUGUUGUGUCUCUAGAUGGUAUUCUCGACGAGAAUAAGCGCAUCAUCUCAGCCAGUACAGUUGAGAAAAUGCUCACGGAGCAGAUAAAGGGAACAGAUCUUGUCACCUCUGGUUUUCUGCGAUUUGGUCUUGGUGUUGCUCUGCCAGCACUGCAAACUUGUGCCUGGAUUCCUGAGGGACGAAUUGGCUUCUGGGGAGGCUGGGGAGGAUCAAUGAUCAUCAUGGACCGUGACCGACGCAUGACUAUCGCCUACGUGAUGAACAAUAUGUCUGGCAGUGGUACUCUGGGCAAUGACAACACCGAAGCCUAUGUCAGAGAGAUUUAUAGGGUCCUUGACGGGCUGUGCUCCUCGUCCGCAUAG